CCCGUACAGCAAUACACCAAUUGGUCUGCCAUAUAACUUUCAAGAACAAGGAAGCUUUCUAAACAAGCGACGAUAAGCCUGCUGUUAAUCGAAAAAUUGGCCCGAUAUAACUGCUAUCAGACCAUUCGAGAUGGAGCGUCCAAGACAUAGUCCGUUUCUGAUUGGUGUUAGCGGAGGAACUGCCAGUGGCAAGUCUACCGUAUGUGCCAAAAUCAUGGAGUUACUGGGCCAGAACAAGGUGGACCAUCAUCAGAGGAAAGUUUCUACCGUCAGCCAAGACAGCUUCUACCGUCAGCCAAGACAGCUUCUACCGUCAGCCAAGACAGUUUCUACCGUCAGCCAAGACAGUUUCUACCGUCAGCCAAGACAGUUUCUACCGUCAGCCAAGACAGUUUCUACCGUCAGCCAAGACAGUUUCUACCGUCAGCCAAGACAGUUUCUACCGUCAGCCAAGACAGUUUCUACCAUCAGCCAAGACAGUUUCUACAGAGUCUUGACACUUGACCAGAAGGCCAAGGCACUCAAGGGCCAGUACAACUUUGACCACCCAGACGCUUUUGACAACAAGUUGAUGUACCAAACCCUGAAGGAUAUUGUGGAGGGGAGUGUGGUGGAGGUGCCGACAUAUGACUUUGUCACUCAUUCCAGGCUGCAGGACAGGAUCAUGGUGUACCCGGCUGAUGUGGUUCUGUUUGAGGGCAUUCUGGUAUUCUACUCUCAGGAAGUGAGGGACAUGUUUCACAUGAAGCUCUUUGUGGACACUGACUCUGAUGUCAGACUUUCCCACAGAGUUCUGCGGGACAUGAAGAGGGACAGAGACCUGGAGCAGAUCCUUAACCAGUACACUACGUUUGUCAAGCCAGCCUUCGAGGAGUUCUGUUUACCUACCAAGAAAUAUGCAGAUGUAAUAAUUCCUAGAGGAGUUGACAACAUGGUGGCCAUCAACCUCAUCGUGCAGCACAUCCAAGACAUCCUGAAUGGGGACCUCUGUAAGUGGCAGCAUGGAGGAGUGGUGAACGGGCACAGCCGUGGCUUCAAGCGGUCCUUCUCGGAGCAGGAGGACCUGGACAACGCCACAUCCAACCUUCCCCUAGGGAAGAGGGUCCUACUGGAACCGAGCAGUCGCCCCCACUGAGGCAGCCAUCUGUGUGUGUGUUUACUCUGACUGACAGUCUACUUCUAUAUACACUUUCCUAAUAUUGAGUUGCACCCCCUUUUGCCAUCAGAACAGCCUCAAUUCGUUGGAGCAUGGACUCUACA